UGGAUGGCAGCAACCGCAGUCCUUCGUGCCAUGAGCGCUGACGAUAGCAAGAGCGUGCAUCCGUUCUUUCAACGAACCACUGACAAGUCAACGAAUAACCGAGUAUCAGACGAGCACGACAAGACCGAGGAUGCAGAAUAUACACCCGACACACCAACCGCCGACUUGGCGACGAAGCCAAAGAGAACCAACAGUAAACGGAGACCGAAGAAGGAGGAUGUAAAAGGACAGAGCAAGCUUCAGACAACACUGGAUGCACGCACAAAUACUCUCGUGGCUGGUGUCAAUGGGCUCACUGCGCAAUGCCACAGCGAAAAACCGCUGGAGACAGUCGAUCAGAAUGAUCUACGCAAGAAGCGACGGCGGACAAGCGAGCAUGAAUCUGUCGAGGUCGGCGUGGGCGCUGCAGAUGAUGGGCCAGCUGUGGUGCCAGGGUCACGACAACCUUCGCCCCAAGUCGUGAUACCAAGGUCAUCACCACCGAUAGUCGCAGCUACGGCACCAGACGCCGGCGACGUCUUGGAUAGGAGUGUGAUCGCACCAAGAACGCCCUCUCCAAAGGCGCAACCUAAGAAAGUGCUUCGACUCAACGCGAAUGGCAAAUUCAGCUCGCCUCCAACCAGCAAGCCGAAGCAAGAAGAGGCUGCAGCGCAACCAGUGACUAAACGUGGUAGACCACGAAGGGCAGCAGCCGCUAAUGCCGCGAAGCACCUUGUUGUUAAGAUCGGCUAUGGUGCAGACGCGUCGUCGAGGGCUGCGACCGGAGAUAGAAUCUCUCGAGUCCUCGUUGGUGAGGAGACCAUACCUUUGACGAUCGAGACCUCCCCUCGAACUCCCAGGAAGACUCGGUCGAAGGCUGCCGCAAAGAACACGACCCCCAAGAAGCGCACUCCAGCAAAGAUGGAUAAACCUGCACAUCCCUUCUUUACUCUAAAUAAAGCGAACGACCAACCUGCACCCGCGAAGCAUGACUCUCCUCGCAAGUCAACCGCUGUCACGCCUGGGAAGCUGAGGAUGCAAGCCUUGGCUGAUCGUAACUACGACCCGCGAGACCAUCUACCAUAUGUGUCUACUUUGAAUAAGGACCGGCUCAUGAUUCGACAUCCUGGUGCCAGCGAUGCGCCAUUUCCUCUCCGUGACCAAAUGCAUGUGCGAGCUCUCGCCACCGAUCACGUAGAGCAUGAUUCGGCGUCUGAUUCGAACACUUACGCCAAACGAAAGCAAAAGAACGCCAGAGCACCAAUCACACCAGACGACUCGAUCCUCGGCCAUUUCAAUGCACAGCUCAGGCCAGAGGAAGAGCGAGCCUUACGAAGCGAUGGAUUCCACGAGGUUCACGCAAAACUCAAUGUGCCUGAGCGAUUGAUGUUGUCUGGGCAAGACAUUGCGUACAGAAUCGCCACUCAGCUUUCAGUUCCGCUUGCCAAUCCAGACAUUGACGAAUUGGCGUUAAGCUCUUCACAACAUCAAAGUCAUCCGGCCUUGCAGAGACUUUACGACAGAAUUCCCGCUAUCAUGACUGGGUUCGACGAAUCUCGGGGGGAGAAUGCAUCGUGGACGCAGAAGUACGCCCCACAGACCUGUGCCGAUGUGCUGCAGCCUCAAAACGAGAUGCAGAUAUUGAGAGAAUGGCUGGGCUCACUCGCUGUGCAAGCCAUUGGUGGUGCCGCCCCCACGACGAAGCCAGCAUCCGUACCUUUCAAGGAAAAGCCCAAGAAGAAGCGGAAGAAGAAAUCCGAUGAGAUGGACGACUUUCUGGUCGAUAGCGACGAAGAGCUUCGCAAAAUGAAUGAAGUCAUCGAUUCGGCACCAGCGAGCCCGCUGGGGUUUCGAAGGACACAGAAGAGCGUGGUACAGACAGCGCCUACCGGAGCGAAACUCAACAAUGUCGUGUUUCUGAGCGGCCCACACGGAUGUGGCAAGACAGCAGCGGUCUACGGCGUCGCCAAAGAGCUUGGCUUUCGAGUGUUCGAAAUCAGCUCUAGUGAACGUCGAAGUGGCAAAGACGUAUUGGACAAGGUUGGUAACAUGACUAAAAACCACCUUGUGAAGCAUCACGGGACCGAGGGUGCUCUGUCUGACCAUCUUGAAACUCAAGAAUCCAAGCCCAUGGACGAGGCAUUUCAAAAGGACCUUGAGAGUGGUAGACAAGGCAAGAUGAGUGCCUUCUUCAAGCCAUCGACCAAAAACCCGCCCAAGCCCAAAGAUCCGGAGCCCAAAAAGCUGCUACAGGAGAAAACUCUCAAGGCAGUGAAAGAAGCUUUGAAGCAACCACCGAAAGACCAACAGCAAUCGCUGAUCCUCAUAGAAGAGGUCGACAUCUUGUUCAAAGACGACAAAGAAUUUUGGACAACAAUCCUUGAACUGGUCGGAUCGUCGAAGAGGCCAUUUAUCAUGACUUGCAAUGACGAGGACCUGGUGGCAUGGCAGACUGUUCCUCACCAUGCCUUCUUACGCUUUCGACCUGCACCUAUAGACCUCGCCACCAACUACAUGUUGCUACUUGCGGCAGCAGAGGGGCAUCUCCUGACCAGAGGUGCCGUCAGCACACUAUAUGAGCAUCACGACCGAGACCUGCGCAGAAGCAUCACUGAGCUAGACUAUUGGUGUCAGAUGGGCGUAGGUGAUCCGAAGGAAGGACUGAAUUGGAUCUACCAGCGAUGGCCGCCAGGAUCUGAUGUGGACCACUUUGGCCGCAAACUUCGUGUCGUGAGCGACGGCACAUAUCAAAAGGGCAUGGGUCUGACACCAUGCCCUGAUCCAUCAGCCGAGGACGCGCUCUGGUGGGCUUGGGAGAACUUUGGAGUCGAACCCUCCCGGGCGCUCGGCUGGAAGGCAUAUUUGGACAACGAUCAAAGGCUAUCCAUGGACGGUCUGCCAUCUUCGACUGAUCGAAAACAGAAUCUUCGCAAGCUAUCCUUCGCGGCUGCUACCGCUGACGUUCUGAGCGCAGCAGACGCAUGCACAUCUCUCGGGCUCAUUCCAGGCUCAGCUUGCGUCGAUCCGACGCAACCACAUAUGUCCGAGAAAGCGCGUGGCAACUAUAUCCUGGGCAUGCCACUGAUCCAAACUGACGAGGCGAUCGACUACUCCAACAUGAGCAAAGAUCUUCUGGUAACGAUGACUCUGUCCGCCUGGAAGACUUACGAAGUCAACCCCAGCGCAGUACAAAGUUCUCGCAUCCUCAAUAGCAUUCCGGCCAAACGCGCCCAGGCAGCUCGGGAACAACCACUGAAGCGAGCAGACUUCACUUGCUUCGACCCAAUCUCAGCGCCGGAAGAGGUUUCUCUGUCGAACCCGGACCUCAAGAUUUCUGUCUUCGACGGCACACUGAGAAAUAUUGUUCUCGACCUCGCACCAUACGUGAGAUCUAUCGUGCAGUACGACUUUGCGCUGGAAGAACAGAGGCAGAGAUUAAGUCUGUUGGACACCUCUGGAGAAGGCGGUGGUGAGGGCCGAAGGACGAAACGAGCUAGAACCACGCGGGCCGCGCGGAGUGCUUUGGAAGGCAGCCAGAGGUCUUCAACGCGGAGAGAUCGAUGGUUCACUAAUGAUCUAGAUGGGAGUGCUGUUUUGGCGACUGCUGGCAAAGACUGGCCAAGGUUGACAUAUGAGGGCGGCAGCACCGGCAGUGUAGCAGGGGGAGACGGCAAAGAGUCAUCGGCGGCUUCGACAAAUGAGGUGAUCGAUGGGCAAGAGGUGGUCAUAUCAGAACUGAUGUGAUCGGAUUUGUUGAGACAGACGCCGUCUUGCUUGCUUAUAGGAGGUGAUGAUGACUAUGAUUGGCUCAAUAGAACGACAGCAAUAUUCUCACAUGGCGCAAACAUCAAUCUCAGGAUGCAGCC